GACAGAGUGACGUACUGGUGUUGUUACAAAAUGGCGACGGUUUGCUAGCCUCGACCAAAACACAUUUUCCUUCUUAAAUACGUACUUAGGAGCUUUAUCACGGAAUCGAAAGUUGUCGUCUUAUAUUUCGAAGGGGAUAUUAAUAUCAGAACGUCACCAUGACGGAACAAACCAACGGUGGUUCGGAGGCUACCUUGGGUCUGGAUGAACCCAAGAAGAUGACCAGGGAAGACUGGAGGAAGAAGAAGGAGCUGGAGGAGCAGAGAAAGCUGGGAAACGCUCCCGCUGAGGUGGACGAGGAAGGAAAGGACAUCAACCCUCACAUUCCUCAGUAUAUUUCAUCUGUACCAUGGUACAUUGACCCAUCGAAGAGGCCCACGCUUAAACAUCAACGGCCACAGGAAGAAACCCAGGAAAAAUUUUCAUCUAUUGGCGAAUGGUAUAAGCGAGGUGUGAAAGAGAAUUCAAUUGCCACAAAAUACCGGAAAGGAGCUUGUGAAAACUGUGGCGCGAUGACACACAAGAAGAAAGACUGUCUGGAGAGACCCAGAAAGGUUGGAGCAAAGUUUACUGGCACAGCUAUUGCUCCAGAUGAACAUGACCAGGUCCAGCUUACUAUGGAUUAUGACGGGAAGAGGGAUCGCUGGAACGGAUAUGAUCCUGAAGAUCACCAGCGCAUCGUUGAGGAAUACGCUAAAGUAGAUCUGGCCAAAAGGCAACUGAAGGCACAGAAGCUUCAGGAUGAGCUGGCUUCAGGAAAACUUGACCAAAGUGAGCGUGAGCAUGACAGCGAGGGAGAGGAUGAAGACAAAUAUGCAGACGACAUUGACAUGCCUGGGCAGAACUUUGACUCAAAACGACGUAUCACUGUCAGAAAUCUGCGUAUCAGAGAAGACACGGCAAAAUACUUGAGGAAUCUGGAUCCAAAUUCAGCCUACUACGAUCCAAAGACUCGAGCUAUGCGAGAGAACCCGUACUCAAAUGCUGGCUUUAAUCCAGACGAAGUUAGUUAUGCAGGAGAUAACUUUGCUCGCUACACUGGAGACACGAUCACCAUGGCUCAAACUCAGUUGUUUGCUUGGGAGGCCUACGAAAGAGGGUCUGAAGUGCAUCUGCAGGCUGAUCCCACCAAACUGGAGCUCCUCCAUCGCUCAUUCAAAGUGAAGAAGGAGGAUUUCAAGGAGGAGCAGAGGGAGAGCAUCCUGGAGAAGUACGGAGGACAAGAGCACUUGGACGCUCCACCGCGAGAGCUGCUGUUGGCCCAGACUGAGGAUUAUGUGGAGUACUCUCGUCACGGCGCCGUGCUCAAGGGUCUGGAGAAGGCGGUGGCUCGAUCCAAGUACGAAGAGGACGUGCUCAUCAACAACCACACAUGUAUUUGGGGGUCCUACUGGAAGGAUGGCUUUUGGGGUUUCAAGUGCUGCCACUCUAUGGUCAAACAGAGUUACUGCACCGGACAGUCAGGAAUCGCGACAAACAAUACAGACUGUGUUCCGUUUGAAGAAGGGCUGAACGAGGUCGAGGAGGAAGAGCCCAAGACAUUGCUAGAGAUGCAUCAAGAUAAAAUGUUGAAAGAGAAAAAGAAGAAGAAGAAAAAGAAGUAUAGGAGGCACAAGAAGCAUGAAAGCAGUGAUUCAGAAGAUGAGGAAAAGAAGAAGGAAAAGUUGAAGAAGGCUCUGGAUGCAGAGGACAAGCGCGUGAAGCAAGUGGACGCCAUGAUGCAGCUGGACGAAAGAAAGCGGCCGUACAGCAGUCUGCAGGAAGUCAAAGCUCCCACAGAGGAAGAGAUGGAGGCCUUCCGCAUGAAGCGCUGCCGACCUGAUGAUCCGAUGGCUUCCUUCCUCGGACAGUGACCUGCUGAAACGUUACUGACUUCCUAUUAUGUCAGCUAAGGACUCGGCCAGAGCUCUAGCUCGGUGACAAACAAGUCACUCUGAACAUGUGUACAUGAUUUCAACGUUUCUCAUUUUGACCAGUGGAUUAUUGUAGAUUAUGUUUUCAACCCUUUUUAAAAUAAAAUUCU